CGCGACACGAUGAUCAGAUUUUUGUAUACGUGCUUCCCAACUAUUCAAAUGAUAUACAUGGAUGCCGAUUUGGAGUCUGGAGUGGAAGAGAGCGUAAAGCCAAUUGAAUUUGAAUAAUUUUUAGAAUGUACAGUUAUAAUUCUUGAAAAUUCGUAUCUUACAUGAUGGCGGGAUUGGAAAGUUGUGAAAGAGUAUAUCGUGGAAAGCCUGAUAGAUCUUGGGAAAGUGAAAAAAAUUUUCCAUAUAUUUACCAUGGGCAGGAGGUUAUUCGUCCCUUGGAUGUUCCUGUUGUGCAUCCACUAGUUGAAGAUAGUCCUCCCUCUGAAGAUGUCACUGUAAAAAAGUACAUUGGUGCUUGUUGUGGAUUAGCAACAUUAAUUACAGAAACCUUAUUGGUUCAUCCUCUUAUUGUUUUAAGAAGACAAUGUCAAGUAAAUCCUGGAUUGAAUAAAUAUCAUAUAAUACCAAUUACUUUAGUACCUGUAGUCAUACGUCUCCAUCAAACUCAAGGCAUAAAUACAUUAUGGAAAGGAAUCGGAUCAGUUCUGCUUGUCAAGGGAAUGUUGUUAGCUAUUGAAGAUUUUAUUUCCAAAAUAACACCGUGGCCAAAAGAAAUAACAUGCAAUAGUUCAUUGAAGACAUUCGGACAACACGUUCUUCUUAAAUGUGUUUCUAUAGGUUUAGUAACACCAUUCUAUUCUGCAUCAUUAGUAGAAACGGUACAAUCUGAAAUUGCAUCUGAAAGUCCUGGAAUAUUAGAUGUUUUCCGAGAUGGUGCAAUCCGUUUAGUCGAAGUGAGCAACAAAGGCAGAUUAAUUCCCAUUUAUUCUCUUCUGCCACCCACAAUUGCUUAUGGGGUAUCUAAAUAUCUUUUCACUCUAGCUAUUCAAGGGGUCACUAGUCGUAUUAUGCAUAUUAGGCAAAAACAGUCUCAAGAGAUAAGAGGUGCAUAUAGCAGAGACUUGUCAGAGACUAUUGCACAAGAUAUAGAGUUACAAUCAUCACUGGUUUCUACGUUUAUGGCUGAAGCGUUAUUUUAUCCUUGGGAAACAGUAAUUCAUAGACUUCACCUUCAGGGUACGCGAACUAUCAUCGACAAUUUGGAUACAGGACGUAGCGUGACACCAUUAUUAACAGGAUAUAGCGGUGCAAGCGAUUGUUACAGUACGAUUAUAUCUACUGAAGGUCCCCUUGGUCUAUACAAAGGAUUUGGUGCCCUUAUUUUAGAAUUUACCGUAAAAGUUGUGGUAGUACGCGUUAUUAAAUGGGUUCUGACAGAAUUACAAACAGUACUAAGACCAAAACCAAAAUUAACACGAGACACCUCGUCAUAUUGGUAUUACAAUGACACAUAAAAAAAGCAUUAACUUUUGUUUAGUAAUACUUAUCGUGUGUACUAAUUAUACUGUACUAAGUAUACAGAUUAUACUAUACUUAGUAUAGUGUAUGUAUGUGCAUAUGUAUAUACAUAUAUACAUAUACAUACAUACACAUAUAUAGAUAUAGAUGAAAUUAUUUCACUGUUGUGUUCUUUUUUUUCUUAUUAUUGUCAAAUCAUACCAAUAAUUUAAUAUUUUCAGUAAUUUUGAUCGUUUUGACCUUUUUUGGUAUGUUGUUUGGUAUAUUGUUUUUAUAAUUAUAAUGAAACGAGUCGAAUUUUCAAGUUAUGUACAUAAAAUUUAUGAAACUUAAAUAUAUACAUUAAUGAGGAAUAAAAGAAUUUUAGAAUUGCGUUAUUGUAAUAUUUUGUAAUCAUGUAUAGGCAAAAAGUAUAUUUAUUUUACGAAUCUUUUAGUGUAAUUCAUUUCAUUUAAAAUACUUACGUUUUAAGAAUUGAAAACACUGUAAAGAUGCAAGUUAUAAUACUAUGGGAAAUAAUGAAUGCAUUAAUUCAUUAUUUUUAGCUCUUAAUAGUGGAAAAAUAAAUGUAUCGAUUCUGAAAACCAAUAUCACACAAUAUUUACUUUCAACAUUUGUUUACAAUUGUAUAUGUAUACAGUUUCUUUUUUUAACUUGCAUCAUAUAUUACACAGCCUUUCAUUUAUACAUCUAGUAUACGUAAAAUAAAAUGAAACAAUUUGAGGAAAUAUCUAUCAACUAAUGCUCAAUAAUUCUAAAUCUUCAGGAAGUACAUACGAUUUCUAAAAUUUUAAUUUCUUUCCCAUUUUAUCUGAUACAUUAUUAAAAUGUACGACCUAUAUAUAUCAACACAUUCAUUUUUAAUUUUAAAACUUAAACAUAGCUUGUUUAAUAUGGUUUAAUGUAUCAUAAAAACAUUUUUUCCUAAAUUCUUGUUCAAAGUGGUCUAAUUAUUUUGAAAAA